GCAGCCGGUGUUACAGGCUGCACACAACUCUCUAUAAAUUCAAAUGCACACAUUGCUUCGCCUCUUACACACCCCAUUGAUCCCUUUCCCCAAUUCGCAGGGAGAGCGGACAAGAGAGGAGGGGGAAAAAAGCCAAAACAAAAAAAGCAGCAAGCAAGCAAGCAAAAGAAAAAAACAACAAAAUAUAUAUAUAGAGAGAGAGGGAGAGGGAAAAAGAGCAGAUAAGUCUUCUUUGCAAUAGAAGUUUACUUGCAAAAUAAACACUCAUUGUCGCGAUUGGUAACUUGGAAAGUUAGCUUUUUUUUGGAUAAAGCCGAGGAAUACUUGUUUAGGAAACUGUGCGUUGUUUUCAGCUUUCACCUGUAGGUUUAGCAACCCCCGGGAUGAUGUUGUGGCUGGUGCUCGGCGUGUGGUGUAUCCCGGUGCUGUGCCUUGCUGGGGACGAGUCUAAGCGCCCGGCUCGGCGGCUGCCGGACGAGAACCCGCGGCCGGGAUGGAGGAGGACGAGCGGGCUGGUGAAGUCGGUGGACCGUAUCUACGCCGGCGACGGCAAGCUGGGCUACAUGGUGUACGCGGACGGCAAGAGGUUCCUGCUCGACCUGCAGCGAGACGAGGCGGUGGCUUCGGCCGGCUUCGGACACCACCAACCUGUCACUCUGGCCGCGGCGGCGGGGGGCUGGCAGGCGGCGGACGGGCCGAGCGGCCGCUGCUUCUACCGGGGCACGGUGGACGGUAACCCCGAGUCACUGGCCGUGUUCAACGUGUGCGGGGCGCUGGAUGGCUUCUUCGCCCUGGGGAGCUGGCGAUACACCAUCAGCCCGCGGCAAGGCGAGGAGAGGCGGGGGGACAAGCGGGCGUUCGGGGACGGUUCAGCCCCGGUGCUUCACCUCUUCACCCGGGACUCGUUCAGCUUCCAGACGGUGGGGCACCCGAGCCGCUGCGAGAUCCGCGGCUCCGGGCCGAGGGGCGGGGAGCCGCCGGGAGCCGCCGGGCGUCGGGGACACCGGACGGGGCGAUCCAGGCGCUCGGUGUCCCGACCCCGCUACGUCAAGCUGCUGCUGGUGGCUGAUGCCACCAUGUCGGCCAAGUACGGGCGCCACCUCCAGCACUACCUGCUCACCCUGGCCUCCAUCGCCUCCAAGCUGUACGGGCACGCCAGCAUCGAGAACCCGCUGCGCCUGGCCGUGGUCAACAUCACGGCGGUCAGGGACGCUGCCGACGGGCCGAAGGUCGACAAGAACGCGGCGGCCACCCUGAAGAACUUCUGCCGCUGGCAGCACUCGCGGUACAGCGGCGCCGGACAGCACGGAGACCGGCACGAUGCAGCCCUGCUCUUCACCCGGGAGAAUCUGUGCGGCCACCAUUCGUGUGACACGUUGGGGAUGGCGGACGUGGGGACCAUCUGUUCCUCUCACCGUAGCUGUGCGAUCAUUGAAGACGACGGGCUGCACGCUGCGUUUACCGUCGCUCAUGAGAUCGGGCACCUGCUGGGUCUCUCGCACGAUGAUUCCAAGUUCUGCGAGGAGUCUUACGGCUUGACGGAGGAUAAGCGGCUGAUGUCCUCCAUCCUGACCAGCAUCGACUCUUCCAAGCCCUGGUCCAAGUGCACCUCGGCCACGGUAACAGAGUUCUUCGAUGACGGCCACGGCGAUUGUCUCCUCCGCCCUCCGAAGAACCCGCUGCGCUCACCGGAGGAGCUGCCGGGGCAGAGCUACGAUGCGGUCCGUCAGUGCAAGCUGGCCUUCGGGCCGGAGUACACGGUGUGCCCCGGCAUGGACGUCUGCUCCCGCCUGUGGUGCGCCGUCAUCCGCCAGGGCCAGAUGGUGUGCAUGACCAAGAAGCUGCCCGCGGUGGAGGGAACCCCCUGCGGCAAGGGCAGGAUCUGCCUGCACGGCAAAUGUGUCGACAAGACCAAGAGGCGGUACUACCUGGCUUCGGCUAACGGGAACUGGGGUUCGUGGGGUACGUGGGGUCCAUGCUCGCGGACCUGCGGAGGGGGCGUUCAGUUCGCCCGCCGCCACUGCAACAACCCCGCACCCCGGAACAACGGCAAAUAUUGUGUGGGCAAGCGCGCAGUCCACCGAUCGUGCAACGUGACUCCCUGCCCGCUAACUGGUAAAUCUUUCCGAGACGAACAAUGUGAGGCGAGAAACGGCUACCAGACCGACAUCAAAGGAGUGAAGACGUUUGUGGAGUGGGUGCCCAAGUACGCUGGAGUCACCCCUGCUGAUGCGUGCAAGUUGACCUGUCGGGCCAAGGGAACAGGCUACUAUGUCGUCUUUUCCCAGAAGGUGACAGACGGGACGGAGUGCCAACCCUACAGCAACUCCGUGUGUGUGCGUGGGCGCUGCUUUCGGACGGGAUGCGAUGGGAUCAUCGGCUCCAAGCAGCAUCAUGACAAGUGCGGAGUGUGUGGUGGGGACAGCAGCACCUGUGUGAAGAUCUCUCGGAGUUUCACCAAGAGGAGUGUGGGCUACAGAGAGGUGACCAGGAUUCCCGCCGGGGCGGUCCACAUCAAGGUGAGACAGCACAAGCCCAAGGGCCAGCAGCGGUUUACCGCCUACCUGGCAGCCAAGAGGAAGAACGGCGACUACUUGUUCAACGGCAAGUACAUGAUCUCCACGUCGGAGACGGUCAUCGAGAUGAACGGCACCGUGUUCAACUACAGCGGCUGGAGCCAGCGGGACGACGAGGUCCACUCCAUGGGCCACGGGCCACUGAAGGAACCCUUGAUCAUCCAGAUCCUGGCCACCAACCCCGGGAUUCCCCUGGACGUCCGCUACAGCUACUUCGUGCCAAAGAAGCUGGAGCAGCCGGCCAGCGACAACGCCAUCGGGGCCCUGGCGGCCCGACCCCACUUCCCCAAGUGGAUGACGGGACCCUGGUUGACCUGCUCCAGAACCUGUGGCGUUGGCUGGCAGACCCGAACCGUCCAGUGCAAGAGUGGAGAAGGCAAACUGGCUCGAGGGUGUCCUCUCUCCCAGAGACCAUCGGCAUUCAAACAGUGUUUGCAGACAAAAUGUUAAUGCACAU